AUGGACGGAGAGGAGGAGGUGGUGCAGCUCGACGUCGGGGGCCGCCACUUUGCCGUGCGGGUGGGGGUGCUGAGGUCGGAGUCCGACUCGGUGCUGGCCGCGAUCUUCGCCGGUGAGGGGUGGCGCCAGCUGGAGCGCGACCCCAACGGGCGCAUCGUGCUCGCCGGUCGCGACGCCGACGCGUUCGACCACCUGCUCGCCUGGCUGCGCGGCCGCGACCUGCCCCCGGCCAACCAGGCCGAGGCCCGAACCAAUCUGCGCCUGGAGGCCGAGCGCUUCGGCCUCACCCGAUUGGUCGCUGCUCUUGACACCGUCGAUGGCGUUGUACUGGAACCAGCUGAUAACUUGAAAGAAGGAGGAGGAGAAGAAGAAGUGCUGAAGGAGGCGGUGGUGAAGAAGAAGGAGGAGAAGGAAAAGAGGAUGCAUGAGCGCUACAUCACGAUGUCGGACGACCAGUUCGUGCGGCUGAUCAACAAGAGCAAGCCGCAGGUGAGCGGGGUCGACAUGCGCCGGUUCAGCCUGAGCGGAAUGGCGCUGUCCGAUGCCCGCUUCUUCAAGUGCGACUUCAACGGGGUCGACCUGCGUUGGGCCUUCCUGGGCAGCGCCAGCCUGGUCGAGUGCGACCUGCGCAACGCCGAUCUGCGUGGCACCAACCUGCGCUAUGCGGACCUGACGGGCUCGGACCUGACCGGCGCCCGGCUGUGCGAAGCGAACGUGACCGGGGCCAAUGUCGCCAGGGCCAACUUCGCCCACGCCGACCUGAACGGCGUCAUCGGGCUCAACCAAACCAAGCUCAGCUCGAGCGCCAACUGGAAGCAGGCCCUCAACCUCCCCCAGGACUUCCUCACUCCCUAG